AUGAUUGAUGUCCUGCUCAACUUUAAGCAGCAAGUGGAGUAUUCCACUGCCAAGGCUUCUGGAGUCAGGGCGGCCCUGUCUCGGCUUAUGCCGAAUGUUGGAGGUCCUGGACAACGGAGGAGAGCCCUGCUGGCGUCGGUGAGUACGUCCGUACUGACAUACAGCAUAGCUAUCGGGGGAGAAACAUUGAGAACGCAGAAGACCAGGCGGAGGACGACAGCAGACUACAGGCUGAGGGCGCUCAGGGUAGUCUGUGCUUAUCGUACCGUGACGGACGAUGCGAUUGGGGUCAUUCCUGGGAUCACACCCAUUGAGAUCGUGGCGGAAGGGAGGCGUAAGCUCUAUGGAGAGAGAGAGAGCAACCUCCAGCGCCUACAAAUGGAGCAUCCGUAG